AAUACCAGAGAUGUUACAUUUUUAAACUUUAGCCUCAAUCCUCUUUAAGUGUGACAGUGUGGGAGUCCCAGCUGCUGCCUGGCUAAGCCUGAGCUGAGAGGAGAUCAACUCAAGAAGCCUGCCAAUUUGUGUUUCAACUCAGGAUGGCACAGUUGGGGGCCGUCUUCUCUAUAAUCGCUGCUCUUGGAGGAGCAGCUCUCUUAGCAUCUGUUCACAAGAUUGAUGAAGGGCACACUGGAGUGUACUACAGGGGAGGGGCUCUCCUGACUACAACCAGUGGGCCAGGUUUCCACCUCAUGCUUCCUUUCAUCACCACCUUCAAGUCUGUUCAGACGACGUUGCAGACGGAUGAGGUAAAGAAUGUACCCUGUGGUACAAGUGGAGGAGUGAUGAUUUACUUUGACCGUAUAGAAGUGGUGAACUACCUCAUUCCAUCAGCAGUGUACGACAUAGUGAGGAACUUCACAGCAGAUUAUGACAAAGCUUUGAUUUUCAACAAAGUGCACCAUGAACUCAACCAGUUCUGCAGCGUUCACUCACUGCAGGAGGUCUACAUCGGUCUGUUCGACCAAAUAGAUGAAAACCUAAAGUUGACACUACAAGAAGAUCUGACAUCUAUGGCACCUGGGCUCAUCAUACAGGCUGUUCGUGUCACUAAACCCAAUAUCCCAGAGAGCAUUCGGAGGAACUAUGAGCUCAUGGAGAGUGAGAAGACGAAGCUACUGAUUUCCCAGCAGACACAGAAGGUUGUGGAGAAGGAGGCGGAGACCGAGAGGAUUAAAGCUGUGAUAGAGGCAGAAAAAGUUGCACAAGUUGCAGAAAUUAAGUUUGGGCAGAAAGUCAUGGAGAAGGAAACUGAAAAGAAGAUUUCUGAAAUAGAAGAUAAUGCUUUCCUGGCCCGGCAGAAAGCCAAGGCAGAUGCAGAGUUCUACACAGCACUGCGAGCCGCCGAGGCUAAUAAG